AUGGCUUCACCACGAUUGAUAUUGGACGGAGAAGAUUUGCCGGAAACAGCUUUGACGGCAACUGCAGAAGACCAAAAACGUAUCAAUCGAUAUGAAGGAAAUCCUUGUGUCAAUCUAUUGAAAGAGAAAUGCUGCUCAAAAUCAUGCAUUCGAAGUCGACUUCCAAUCGUCGAGUGGUUGCCAAAAUAUCGUCUCAGGGAUCUACAAUGUGAUAUCAUUGCCGGUAUAACUGUCGGUGUUAUGGUGGUUCCUCAAGCACUAGCUUAUGCUAAUGUAGCAGAAUUGCCUCCUCAGUAUGGUUUAUAUGCAUCUUUCCUUGGUGUCUUCGUCUACUGUUUCCUUGGUACAUCGAAAGAUGUUACUCUUGGUCCAACAGCUGUUAUGUGCUUAAUGGUAGCUGAAUAUUCGCGAGAUGGAGAUCCUAAUUAUGCUAUUUUGCUAGCAUUUCUAUCUGGAGUUAUUCAAGUAAUAAUGGGGUUCCUGGAUCUAGGUUUUGUAGUUAACUUUAUCUCCGUCCCUGUUAUAAGUGGAUUUACGUCGGCAGCAGCAAUUACCAUAACCGUGAGUCAACUGAAGGAUCUAUUUGGCUUGAAGGAUAUUCCAAGAGAAUUUUUUGAACGCGUUUACACCAUUUGCGAGAAACUGCCAGAAACUAAACCAUGGGAUGCUUGUAUGGGUUUAUCCUGUAUCGUUAUAUUAUAUAUUCUCAAAUAUAUGAAGGACUAUGAUUACAAAGACGAAAAAUAUAACUAUGCACCACCAAAAUGGCAACGUGGUUGUCGUAAUUUUAUCUGGCUAAUUGGAACAGCCAGGAAUGCCUUUAUUGCAGUCAUCUCUGCUCUUGUCUGCCUAGUGUUGGCCUAUCUUGGCUAUCCAGAAGAUACCGUGUCUUUAACUGGUCCCAUCGUAGGCGGUUUACCUCCAUUUGGUCCUCCACCAUUCUCAACCACUGAAAAUAAUGCCACUAUAGGAUUUGGUAAAAUGGCUGAGAAUUUAAAUGCUGGAAUUAUAGUCAUUCCGUUAAUUGGGUACUUGGAGAAUAUCGCUAUUGCCAAAACUUUCGCACGAAAAAAUAAAUAUAAAAUUGAUGCUAGCCAAGAACUUAUUGCCAUUGGUUUCGCUAAUGUUAUCAGCUCAUUUGCUGCUUCUUUACCUAUUACCGGUAGCUUUUCCAGGUCUGCAGUUAAUUCCGCUAGUGGUGUUCGAACAACUCUUGCUGGACUUUUUACAGGUGGUAUAGUACUUCUAGCAUUGGCUUUCUUGACAAAUUGGUUCUACUAUAUUCCAAAGGCAGCCUUGGCAGCAAUUAUUAUCACUGCAGUUCUAUCUAUGAUCGACUUCUCUAUUGUCAGAAAGUUAUGGCGAGUAAAAAGACUGGAUCUGAUCCCAUUAGCAGUUUCUUUUUUUGUUUCUUUUGUCGGUCUUGAAUAUGGCAUCUUGGCUGGCGUUGCUGUUUCAGUUGCAUUCUUAUUACAUGCAGCAGCCUUACCUAGAAUUGAGAUGUUUGCUGAUGAAGUAUAUGUCCUGAAAAUUAACGGAAAUUUGAACUAUCCAGGCGUUGAACGUUUCAUUAAUUAUAUUCAGAAUAAAAUAUUUGGCAGAAAAGGUGCUACGCGGAAAUGUGUGGUUAUAGAUUGUUCCCAUAUUUUUAUGAUUGAUUAUACGACAACUCAGGGAUUUAAUCAAAUUUUAGAAGAAUUUAAGCGAUUUGAUUCUAAACUGCACUUUGCUGAAGUUCAUCCUAGGAUACGUCGCACUUUAAUUGCGGCCGGGGUUGAUGAUGGAAUUAUUUUUCCCACCGUUGAUGCUGCAACGAACGCCUUCUAUGACCCUGACCGAGAACUGGAAGAUGACAAUCAAUCUGAUUUCUGCAUGACUUUCUUAUAA